AUUCAUGUGCGUUGUAAAGUCAUUGGUUAUUAUACAAGUACAUUUAACAUCUUAUAAAUUAAAAGAUACCCAGAUGAAAUUGUGGAAAAUAUUAUUGAAUUAUAGAUAGAAAACACUUGAGGGAUCAGGUGUGGAAAGUGUUGAUGACGUCAUAGUAAACAAACACCAAUAACAAGCUAACAGCAGUUCAUGUCCUGUGUGGCACCCGGUAAAAGCAGUACAAUGGUGUCUCUUCCACCGCCACGUAAAAAAAUACGAGUGAAUGAGGAGUUGGGAAAUCCACUGCCAGUUCCCAUUGGAUCAUCUUCUGGCCUGCUGUUAUCACCUGCCACUUGGCAUUACUACUCGGCUGUCUAUGAGGAUGGCAUCAUUACUGUGUAUGACCCAGAACAUGCUGCCUCCCUCUGGCACAAUGGAUACUUUGGGCAUGGAAAAAUUGAUGGUCCAGAUGAUGAUUAUAGAUUUCAGAGGAAAAAACGAUGGAAACUGAUGAAGGUGGAUGGUUUAAAAGGUGGAUCAUGGCUUAAAGGUUUGCAGAAGAAAAGCACUUUUGAUGUUGAAAUGAAAAAUAUCCCUGAGGAAGACAUGUGCACACAAACAGAUGAAGAAUCUGCAGAUUUAAAAAGGAAAAGAGAUGACCUCUCUGGCAAUGAACAGUGUUAUAGUGAUAAUGAUGAAACUUGUAUUGAGGAAAUAAAUGUUUUGGACCCAGAAAUUGCUGGGAGCUCCAAGACAGUUUUAGUUCUCAACAGUGACCAACAAGGAACCUUUGAUGAUUCAGAUCCCUUGGCUCAUGAAGGAUAUCUUCAACUUUUACCUGAAGAAGCUAUGUUUCUCUCUUAUGCUUUAGGAUGCUUAGUUGUCACGCAUAAGAAACAAACUGCAGAUAAGCAGUAUCACAAGUGCUCUCCAUUGAAAGAUAUAUUUGAAAUGACAAUAGAUCAGAUGUGGAGUGCAUUUGUAAUGGAUGACCCAAAGUUUCCAUUCAAAUAUACAGUUUAUCAUCACUAUAGAAGCAAAGGCUGGGUGGUGAAGUCUGGACUCAAAUUUGGUGCUGACUUAAUUCUGUAUCCAGUAGGUCCACCAUUUUACCAUGCUCAGUUCACCAUCAUGAUACAAUGCAUGUGGUCAGACACACUCACUAGCGACCAAACCUCUUCGUGGCGGGAAUUUUCAUGGACAAAUAUUUCAGCGACUGAGCGCAUCAGUAACCACGUUAAUAAGACACCCAUCAUAUGCUUUGUUCUGCGUCCAAGACAUCUAACUCAAGAUAAAUUGGGAAGAAUUGAGUGUCUUAAGGAUUUGGCCAUCCAGGAGUUAAUGCUAACAAGAUGGAAUCCCAAAGAUAACGAAAUUAAUGAUGUCAAUCCACAUUGAACUGUGAUAUGUAUCCAACAUGACUAUUUUUACCCUUUUUUAUGAAUUACUGUAUUUUAUUGACAGUUGCGGUGAUUUUGACUAUAUAUGACAAUUUAGGUCUAUCAAAGUUACUCUGGCUUAGAAAGUUAAACUAAAGUCAUUAAAUUAUAAAAAGGAUUUUUUCUUAAGAAUAUUCCUGUUGAUUUUGAAAAUUUAUUUAUUGUUGUCAUCAUAUGUUUUUCAGUAAGAACCUGAUAGUGUAAUACAAUUUCAAACUAACACUUUUCAUGGACUUCUACAUGUCAAUCAAAUUUGCAAAGUAAAUAAAAAAGGCUGAACGUGAA